UCCACUGGAGCUUCAUCACGGUGGCGAAACUUUUAACGGGUGUUUGAGGAGUCUCUGCUGCGGGAGCCGGACGCUUUAUUGAAACUAAGCAGCAAAUCUGUCAUAUUAAAAUGGCAAGUUUAUUAACUGGUGUUUAAACUCAAACGUUUUUUAUAUGAUAUUUAUUUAAAAGUUUGUAUUUAUUUAUAACAUAGUUUGACAUGUUGUUUAGUACCGCAGUGAGUUCCUCUAGAUUGACUGACAGGCUCCUCAACAUGACAUUUGGGAUUCAUUAUGAAUGAAUGGACACUCGUUUUAACGACAUAAACCGGGUGAAAAUGGGCGAUGAGUCGAAGUCAGUGGACGGAGAGGUGAAUGACAAUACAUAUUACUCAAAAACUGAUGCUGAGGUGAAUUUUGAACAUCGCUACACAACGCCAGAAACGCGUUUGUAUAAAAAGAGAUGGGUCAUAGUGUGUUUAUUCAGCUCAUAUUCGCUCUGCAACUCCUAUCAAUGGAUUCAGUACGGAAUCAUCAACAACAUCUUCAUGCGCUUCUACGGCGUGGACUCUUUCACCAUAGACUGGAUGUCCAUGAUUUACAUGUUGACAUACAUUCCGCUCAUUUUCCCCGUUUCGUGGCUACUGGAUAAAAAGGGUCUGAGGGUCAUCGCGCUCGUGGCCGCGGCUCUGAAUUGCGCGGGCACGUGGAUCAAGGUGGCCAGCGCCAGACCGGACCUUUUCCCGGUGACAUUUCUCGGUCAGUUCACGUGCUCCGUUGCUCAGGUGUUUAUAUUGGGGAUGCCCUCGCGGAUCGCAUCGGUGUGGUUCGGGUCGGAUGAGGUGUCCACAGCGUGCUCCAUUGGAGUCUUCGGAAAUCAGUUGGGCAUCGCCAUUGGCUUCCUCGUUCCACCCAUACUUGUUCCCAAUGUGGACGAUCUGGAUGAGCUGGCGGCUCAUAUCAGAGUCAUGUUCUACAUCACCGCAGGUGUGGCCACAUUCCUGUUCGUGCUGGUUGUCAUUGUGUUUCAGGAGCGUCCGGAGAUUCCUCCCACUCUCGCUCAGGCUGCUGCUCGACGCAUUUCUCCAGAGAGCUACUCAUACACGGCCUCCAUCCUCAGACUGCUACGCAACAAAGCCUUUAUCCUCCUCGUCAUCACUUACGGGCUGAACGUUGGCUGUUUUUAUGCUGUCAGUACACUUCUCAACCGGAUGAUCAUUGAACACUAUCCUGGCGAGGAGGUGAAUGCUGGCAGGAUCGGCCUCACCAUUGUGGUCGCUGGCAUGGUGGGUUCCCUCAUCUGUGGGAUCUGGCUAGACCGAUCGAAAACCUACAAACAAACCACUCUAGCGGUGUAUCUGAUGUCCCUCAUGGGUUUGGUGAUUUAUGCUUUUACUCUGGAUUUGCAUCACCUUUGGGUGGUUUUCAUCACAGCAGGAGCCCUCGGGUUCUUCAUGACGGGUUAUCUUCCUCUCGGCUUUGAGUUUGCUGUUGAAUUGACGUACCCAGAGUCUGAAGGCACGUCUUCAGGGCUACUGAACUGUUCAGCACAGGUGUUUGGGAUCAUAUUUACAAUCUGUCAGGGGAAAAUCAUGGACUCCUUCGGUACACUGGCUGGAAAUCUGUUCCUGUGUGCCUUUUUGCUGAUAGGAACCAUUAUAACAGGCUGUAUAAAGUCAGAUCUGCGCAGACAGCUGGCAAACCAGCAAGCACAAACUGCUGACCAUUUGGACACAUCGCCAACACAAACAAGAUUUUGAAGCCAAACAAAAAGCAGUGAUCAUGGAACGGAUCAUGUAGCAUUACUUGUGACAUUUUCUUUUUUUAGUUUGUGGCCUUGAAUUUCAAUCGAUUUUGACAUUUUCUUUGUGUUAUAUAUGUGAUUGUUUUUGUUUUGUUUUGUAUGUUUUUAACUGCCAUGGACUGAUUGAGUAUUUGUUUGUGUGAGCAUUUGUGUUUACUUGAUCAAUAAUCAUCUCAGAUUUUAGGAUAUAUUCUAAUUUUUAACUUUUAUAAAUUGGUGAUUUAAAUUAUUCAUCUUAACAUUUUUCUUCUCAAAAUUUGUAUAGACGUUUAUAUAAAAGAUAAGAAAAUAAUAAGAUGAAGCCCUUAAGUAUGUGAGAUUCAUCAGUAUUAUGCAGUAGAUAUAUGAUAACAUUGUUUUGUUUGAUACAGCUGUGUUGUAGUUCAUUUAAAGUCAUGUUAGUCCAUCUAAACCAACUCCAAUCAAUAAAACUAAAACUCCACAUUUAGCAUUUAAA